GAGAGCAGUGUCCACAUUUCUAGGACCGAAUCCAUUUGUGCUGAGGCUGAGGGGCACAACAGAUCUGAGGGCCAUGAAGUUCCAGGGUCUCCUCUUCAUUCUCUUCCUAGCCACAGCCAGUGGGACCCCCAUUGGAGAUCGGGAUAUCCAAGUGCAGGAGAACUUCGACCCAGAUCGGAUCUAUGGGAAAUGGUAUGACAUUGCCAUUGGCACAACAUGCCAGUGGAUGAAGAACUACAAGGACAAAUUCAACAUGGGCACGCUGGUGCUGGAACCUGGCCUGACCAGUGAUCAAAUCAGCACCACCAGCACCAGGCUCAGGCAAGGCGUCUGCACCAGGGUUUCGGGAGAGUACCAGAAAACCAAUAUACCUGGAAAAUACACCUAUCACAACCCCAAAUGGGAGGUAUCCAUUGUCUCCUAUGUGCUUCACACCAACUAUGAUGAAUAUGCCAUCAUGCUAAUGGAGAAGAAAAGCAACUUUGGACUGACCACAACACUGAAACUCUAUGGGAGGAGCCCAGAUGUGCGAGAGAGCCUCAUUGAGGAGUUCCGACUGCUUGCUCGUGAGCUGGACAUUCCUGAUGACUCCAUCUUCAUCCUGAUCAAUAAAGGUGAAUGUAUUCCCAGUGAGACUGAAACGGAAACUGAAUCCUCGAGGGUUCGGAGAGAGGUCCUGCCUGAAGAAGAAGGCUCUGCUGGUGGUCCCCUGCCAACAUUCACUGGCCAUAAGGAAGAUUUCUGCAGGCUGACCAAAGAUGCUGGCCCCUGCUUGGGGGCGAUCACUAGACAUUUCUACAACUCCUCUUCCUGGGCCUGUGAAACCUUCCUCUAUGGUGGUUGUCUGGGGAAUGGGAAUAACUUCCAUUCAGAGAAGGAUUGUCUCCAGGCAUGUCGGACUGAGGCUUCCUGCAGGUUGCCCAUCAUGCCAGGGCCCUGUCAGCAACAGGUGAAACUCUGGGCUUUCGAUGCAAGCCAGGACAAAUGCGUUAUGUUCAACUAUGGAGGAUGCCAAGGCAAUGGGAACAAAUUCUACACAGAGAAGGAGUGCAAGGAGUACUGCGGUGCUGGCCAGCUGGAAGGGGACGAGGAGUUUAUGGGGUUGUCAAACUGAUGUGAACGGUGGGAGGUACAGCAGCAACUAUCAACCACCAGCUUGAACAUAAGCACCAGCAGUGGGGGACCUCUUGAAAUGCCAGGUGGAAGACAUUUGUGCUCUUCGAGCACAUGUUGAUUUCAGCAUCUGAACAGUUAAUGCUUUAUAAAACACCAUGAUAAAAGGUGUAGUGUG